ACACUGGGCCCCUGCUGAGCAGGCAGGGCGCCUGGGGAAGCAGGAGCCAGGCCUCCAGCCACUCGGGGCCUUCUGAAGGCAUCCAGGGCCCUCAGCUGAAAGGCGAGCCAUACGGCCACAACAUGGCCAAACUGAGCUGCACUGGCCCUGGGGAGGAUGAGGGCCAGAGCCCCAUUCCCUUGCCAUUCCCUGAAGAAGAGCCCUCCCUAGCCUCUUGUUCUUCUGACCACAUGAUACCCACCAGGAAGGGCAAACUGUUCUUGUCAGAUGAGAGCCCAGUCGGGGACCUGAGCUGGCAGGGUGUUUCUGGGGAAGGUGGGAGUAUGGGCUGGGGGGGGAGGUGGAGAGAGCCCCCAGGACUGUGGAUGGGGUGGCUCUCCAAGCUUAUUGACCAAGACGCCCCUGGGAGCUGCAGGGAAGCAGAACCCAGUGACCCUGGGACUCCAGGGGUCUCAGCCGAGGUUCUGCCUCAGGGGCCAUUCUUAAUGCCACUUGCUACUCUGGCAUCAGAACCAGCCCAGAGCCCCCCUUCAGACAGUGCCCCUGGGGGGUCUCUUGCCAGUGAGAAGAGAGAACCCCCAGGGGCUCUGGAGCCCCCCGAAGGAGAGAGGAAGCCUGGUGGGUGUGGGCACGACUUGGGGAACAGCUGCAGCAGCAACCUGACCUCGCAGAUCCUGGGCGAGGUGAAUAACUUCCCUUGGGACCUGCAGGACUCUCAGGAAACAGAGCGUGCUAUGGGCCAGUCGGGCCCCAGGCCCAGAGGCCACUACCCUAGCGCUUUCCUGGCACCCCAGUUGCCCUUCAUGCAGAGCUCUGCUGAUGAGCAGUCAGAGAGUGAAGACUACUCCGGGGAUCAGAAGCUCUACCAGCACAUUCUGCAGGUGGCCAAGCUCUCCAGGCAGCUGCAGGGCCUGGGGCUCUCCGAGAGAGCGCAGGAAACGCCGUGCAAAGACAUCACCAGCAUGGCCUGUUGCAUGGCGGCUGAGGCUUCCAGGAUGUCUAGUGAGGGUGAGCACAAGGCCGUCAGAGCCACGGAAAGGGAUUCAAGGUUUCUGACGUUGGGGCCAGAGAUGCUGGAGCGCCCUCAGGAGGCAGCCCAUGCCGCUGCUGGGCAGAAGGCCUCUCAGCAAGCCUGUUUGCAGCCAAGCAGCAGCCCCCUCAGGCAGUGGCUAGCCGAGCAGAGUUCCCACAGAAGGCAUGCCACAGAGCCAGGCAAGAUGCAGCUUCUCAACCAGGCCCUGGGCUCCUCAUUAGCCCCAGUCCACGUUCCUCCUGGGGGCCUGGCUCCCCUACGAGUCCUCGUGGAUGCCCCGCCCUCUGCGCCUCGUGGAUCUCAAAGCGCGAGCCUGGGGAGCUCGGGGGAGUCUGGGCAGCCUGGAGAACUCCCGCUGCCUUCACAGGGUCUCAAGGCUUCCACGUAUACCAGGGGUCUCUUGGGCUCCAUCCGUGAGGACAGGGGUGCUCCCGGCCUCUGGGCUUCGGGGCAGGACACCAACGAGGAGGAUGAGGUGGAGAGCAGCAGCCAGAGCGUCCGCAGCUCAAGUGAGCUUCUUAAGAACCUGCACCUGGACCUUGGGAUGCUGGGGCCCGACUUUGAGUACGAGGAGUCUCUGAGAACAAGCCAGCCAGAGGAGAAGAAGAACACCUCUCUAGAUCCAGAUGUGGCCGGGCCCCCUCCUCCUGGCAAGCUCUUCAGCCAAGGUGCAGACAGCAGCCUGAGCAGUGCCCACAGCAAAGGGCAGCAAGGAAGAGGGGCAGGUGCUUGGGUCCCCGAAGAGGAAAAGAGUGAGGAGAGUGAUCCUGGGUCAUCAGGGAUUCUGGUGGACCCUGGGGAAGACCCUGGGGCCGAUCUGCCAGCCAACGCCAGUAAAAAAGAGGCUCCAGUGGAUGCAGGAGAGGAUGGUUCCAGGACAGAGGAGGCCGUGGUGGGGCCAAAGAAGGAGGCAUCUGUCCUGAAGGAGAGCGGAUCAGACGCCAGCGAAAAGUCAGAGAUUAGUGAACGCCUGAAGGAGCUACAGCUCUCAGACUCCACUGCUUCUGACCCCAAGUCCUUUGGCCUGGACUUCGGUUUUUGCAGCCGGAUCUCAGAGCGUCUGUUGGAUGUGGGUGAGCUUUUCCCAGCCCUGGAUGGAAGCCACUGGGAGGCCCAGAGGUUGGAAAGAGGAGGCAAGGAUGACAGCCAGUCCAGCCAGGAUGAGCUGCAGAGCAAGCUGUCCAAAGGCUCGCAGAGGUCAUCUCCUUCCCUUCUGCAUGGGGAAAGGCUCCAGGGUCCCCUCCACAGCCAACCCCUUGAAGAGGGGCCCCUGCAGGCCCUGGAGCGCAAGGGGGCGGAAGAGCCUGGGGAGAGUCCUGCAGGCAGCUGCCUGUCGCCCGUGUCCCUGCCAAGGGAGGGGGUCCCAAGCCCCCCUGCUGCCCACGGGAGGGGCCAGGAGCAGUGCGCUGGGGCUGAGGAGCAGGGCCCUGGGCAGGAAGAGGCCGAGGAGUCCGAGAAGGUGGCGGGCAGCCCUACUCCACUGGUCUCCCCGGAGAUAGAGAAGAGGGCCUGCCACAUGACGCAGGGCCACCUGGGGAAGGGCCAGGACUGGUCAGCAGAUAGAAGAGAAGAGGAGGGGGAGCGUGGCCCAGAAUCCUCCUUGGGGUUUUUGAGGGAAGGAGUGGACCAGCCAAGGCAAUUGGCAGAGGCUGCGAUGCCCCAGAAGAGGCUCUCAGAGGCCACACUGCAGGCCAGGGAAGAGGCAGUGGCCCAAGAACUCGAGCAAGACCAGAGGCGGCUCCUGGAAGCGAAGCAAGAGAAGAUGCAGCAACUGCGAGAGAAGCUGCGGCAGGAGGCAGAAGAGGAGACCCUGCAGCUCCACCAGCAGAAGGAGAAGGCUCUCAGUGCCCUGAGGGAGCAGCUGCGGAGCGCCGCCGAGGAAGAGGCGGCUCGGAUGCGGGAGGAGGAGGGGCGCAGGCUGGCCCGGCUCUGGGCGCAGGCAGAGGCCGACGGGGGCCGGGCCAGGGCCCGGCAAGAGCUGGAGUCCCUGGAGGAGGCGGAGAGGGCCGGCUGGGAGCGGAGAAGCGGACGAACGCCGGAGCGGCUCCGGGAGGAGGGGGCGCAGGCCGCCCUGGGCGCCGGGAGGGAGGCGGCUUUGCGGCAGCCGCAGGAGGGGCAGGAGGCUGUGGCAGCACUAGAGAGGGAGCACAGGGCUGAGCUGCAGCGGCCGUCUUCCUCACGGGAGGCCCAGCGCCGAGAAGUGGUGUCCAGCCUCCAGAAGAAAAUAGAGGACACACAGCAGAAAGAGGAGGCCCAGCUGCAGGAGAGCCUCGGGUGGGCAGAGCAGAGAGCGCAUCAGAAAGUUCACCAAGCGCUGGAGUACGAGUGGGAGCUCAACAGCCUCCUGAGAGAGAAGCGCCAGGAGGUGGAGAGGGACCACGAGAGGAGGAUGGGCAGGAUGAAGGAGGAGCACCAGCGGGUGGUGGCCGAGGCCAGAGAGCAGUAUGAAGCUGAGGAGAGUAGGCAGCGGGCUGAGCUCCUGGGGCGCCUGGCCAGGGAGCUGGAGCGCCUGCGGAAGGCCCACGAGUGGGAGCUGGAGGGCCUGCGGCGGGAGCAGGACGGGCAGCUGGAGGGCCUGCGGCGUCGGCACCGGGAGCAGGAAAGGAAAUUCCAGGAUUUAGAAGGGGAACUUGAAGCCAGAACCAAAGAUGUCAAGGCCAGACUGGCUCAGCUGGACGUCCAGGAGGAGGCUGCCCGGCGGGAGAAGCAGCAGCUCCUCGAUGCACAGAGGCAGGUGGCGCUGGAGAGCCAGGAAGCUGCAGCCACCCUGGGGCAGGCGAAGAAGGAGCACACCCACCUGCUGGAGUCAAACCGGCAGCUGCAAAGGACUCUCGAUGAGCUGCAGGCCCGCAGGUCGGAGCUGGAGUCCCAGGUGGAGCAGCUGCAGACCCGGAGUCAGCGGCUGCAGAAGCACGUCAGGGACCUGGAGGCCCAAGUUCAGAGGAAGCAGGACAUGUUGAAAGGGCUGGCAGUUGAGGAGGGUGAUGCCCCAUGUUCUGAGCCAGAUCUCCACAUCAAGGACCUGAGGACAUCCCUUGGGACUAACCAAACCAAAGAGGCGUCCCCUGCCCUCUCCCAGAGCAAGGAGGAGACCGGCUUGUCCUCGGACAGCCCUGGACUGCCCUCCCACAGCAUCCAGCACUACGUCUCUGCUGAGGGGAUAGCUCUCCGGAGUGCCAAGGAGUUCCUGGUGCGGCAGACACGCUCUAUGCGGAGGCGGCAGACAGUUCUGCAAGCUGCCCAGCGGCACUGGCGCCGUGAGCUGGCCGGUGCUCAGGGGGCAGACGCAGACCCGCUGGGCACCGAGGCCCUGGAAGACGUGCGCAAGGACCUGGACGAGGGGACCAGGCACCUGGGUGAGACGACGUCGGCCAUGCAGAAAGGCUGUGACCUGCUGAAGACAGAGGAGCUGCAUCGGCUGGAGGCCUCCCUUGGGGAAGAGCCCUUAGAUGCAGACACUCUCAGAGGAGCCCCGACCAAGAAGGCGGUGACCUUUGACCUCGGCGACCUGGAAGACACCAGCAGUGAAAGCUCCGAGUCCUCCCUGCCUCACAUCACCCUGACCCCAUGUCCCACCUUCCACAAUAAGAUCCACUACCUGAACAGCUCCCUGCAGCAGAUCAGCCACCAGAUGAAUGGCGCCCUCAGCGUGCUGGGCAGCCUCAACACGCAGCUGCCCCUCUUCUCUUCCGUGCCAGCCCAGACCCCUCCCUGCUCCCCCUGGUGCACCCCCAAUCCUGCCUGCUCCUCCCUGGCUGGGGUCCCAAGCCCAGCCACGCCUACCCGGUGGGCCUGGGACCUGGGGCUGGGCCCCAGGCCCUCCUCCUCUGUUUCUCAAACUGUGGACGACUUCCUGGUGGAGAAGUGGCACAAGUAUUUUCCAACUGGAGCCCCGCCCCUCAGCAGCGGCCCUGCCCCCCUGGAGAACAGGCUGGGUUACGUGUCUGCCAGCGAGCAGCUCCGCCUCCUGCAGCAUUCCCCGUCCCAAGUGCCCAGGAUGGGCAGCACCAGCUUUCAGAGCACGAUCGAGGCCAACCGAAGGUGGCUGGAGCAGUACAAGAGUGACCCCAGGUCGUACCUCUUUUCCCUGCCCAAGUCAACAGGUGCUUCGGGCCUCCUGCAGCUGGGCCUGUGUGAGGACAACAAACUGAAGGCCUCAGUCUACAAGAAAAAAUGUCCAUUUUGUGCUUCAGGGUGUGUCACGACCGACUCACUCCAAUGACAAGUCUGUGUCAGAUCUCUGCUACAAGGCAGUUGUAUGAAUCUGUCUCUUCUUUGAAGGUCUUUGCCUCCUUUCUCUUAAAAAUAAAAGAAGGAGAAGUUACUACACACAAAA